GAUGGUUCUCUCGUUCUGGGAGGACGACAUAUGACGUCCUCCCAUUCUCACUGUGCAUGCGCGGCUCAGGAAGUGCGCAGGGCGGCGAUCGGUAGUGCACUGUUUCCCUCAGACACAGUGGAUCACCGAUCACGGAAAGAGCCGAAGAUGUCGGCUCGGUCAUGUGAUCAGCUGUGUCCAAUCACAGCUGAUCACAUGUACACUGAUCAUCAGGGCACUGAUGAUCAGUGUGCCCUGAUGAUCAGUGUAGCCCCAGCAGUGCCACAUGUCAGUAUCCAUCAGUGCCUUAUGUCAGUGCUCAUCAGUGCCUCGUGCCAGUGUCCAUUAGUGCCAUAUCAGUGCCACAUAUCAGUGCCUAUCAGUGCACAUCAAUGCCACAUAUCAGUGCCCAUCUGAGCUGCCUUUCAGUGUCACCCAUCAGUGCCAGUCAGUGCCACCUAUCAAUGCCAAUCUGUGCCACCUAUCAGUGCUGCCAAUCAGUGCCACCUAUCAGUGCCAGUCAGUGCUGCCUAUCAGUGUGCAUCAGUGCCACCUGUCAGUGCCACCUAACAGUGCCAGUCAGUGCCACCUAUUAGUGCCAGUCAGUGCUGCCUAUCAGUGCCAUAUAUCAGUG